AUGGAAGAUGGCAUAAUCUGUGGAUUUAUUGAAGAAUUACAAGAAGAAGAAGUGCCAAAUCCAAUUAUGAAUAGAAGUGGUGGAUGUGCUAGUUGGUUAGGUAAGAAAGUACCUAAUAACUCAUGUCCAUAUUGUCAGAAACCUAUGUUAUUUAUGUUACAACUAUACGCACCAUUAGAAAUGGUACAAUCCUAUCACCGAGUAUUUUAUUUAUUUCAUUGUCCAUUUUGCUUAAAAUUCACUGUGUUAAGAAAUCAAUUACCUGAAGGAACUUUAUAUGACAAAGAAGAUUUUUGUGAGAGCAUUGUUACUGAAGAACAAUGUAUAAUUUGUGGAUUUCCUUCUUCAACACAUUGCCCUGAUUGUACUACACCAUACUGUUGUUCAUUACAUUGUUUAUAUGAUAGAGAAGAACAUAAAUUGAAAUGUGGACAACCAUUACAAAGAAAAUUAGGAAGAAGCAGAGAUAAAGCAAAACCUCAAAAAAAUGCAUCAGAAUAUCUCAUUGUCACUGAACCAGAGAAUGAGUUAAUAGAAAAAGAAGAUGUUCAGCUAAAAAAGGUAAUAGAAAAUAUGCACCCAGACAAUGAAGAUUUAGGAAUUAAAGAAUCUGAUUUACAACAAAGUGAUCCAGUCUGGAUUAAAUUUAAUACAAAAAUUGCUAAAGACCCAAGUCAAGUUUUGAGGUAUCAAUUUAAUGGUAAGCCAUUAUGGAUUAAAUCAAAUGACAUUCCACAACACCCUCCUUCUUGUCCUCGAUGUGGUAAACAAUGUGUUUUUGAAUGGCAAUUACUUCCACAAUUUAUUUAUGCAACAAAUUUAGAUAUUGAACUUAACAUUGACUUUGGUACUAUUGUAGUAUAUUCAUGUCCUGAUUCAUGUGGAGGUGAUGAUUAUGUUAAUGAACCAAUAGUAGUUCAAUACUUUGACUGUAUUUGA